UUUCUUUUUCCUUUUUUAAUAUUUUAUAUACUUUUUGGUUUUUUUUUCUUUUUUAAAAAAAAAGUUAAUAAGAAAUCUUUAUAUAUAUAUAUAUAUAUUUUUAUCAACUAUGUGCACACAACACGUUGAUACUUCUGACAGACAAAUCCUUCCUACUAAUGUCAAACCAGUACAUUAUGACUUAUCAUUACAACCUAAUCUAGAAACUUUUGUAUUUAAAGGUCAAGUCAAAAUAAAUUUGGAUGUAAUCGAACCAACACGCGUCAUUACUUUGAAUUCUCAUGAAAUCAAUAUCAUUUCAGCUACUCUUAUAGUCAACGAUUUUAGUCAAUCCUCUAUUGACAUCACUUAUGAUACCAAGAAAACUGAAGUUAAAUUAACUUUUCCUCAAGAAGUUUCUGCUCAUACAAAAGCUUUAUUGGAUAUCAAUUUUGAAGGGAUUUUGAAUGAUCAAAUGACUGGUUUCUAUAGAUCAUCUUAUAAGGACGAUCAAGGCAAUACAAAAUAUUUAGCAACAACACAAUUUGAACCAAGUGAUGCUAGAAGAGGAUUCCCAUGUUUUGAUGAACCUUCUUUAAAAGCAACUUUUGAUAUGACUUUGGUUGUUCCUUCUCAUUUGACUGCCUUAUCAAACACUAAUGUGAUUUUUGAAAUCAACAUCUCUGAUGAUCUAAAACAAGUAAAAUAUGCUACUACCCCUUUGAUGAGUACUUAUCUACUUGCCUUUGUUAUUGGUCCUUUUGAAUAUAUUGAAGCUUUUACCUCUGGUGAACAUAAUGGACAACCUAUUCGAUCUCGUGUUUAUACUUUACCUGGAUUGGCUGAACAAGGUCGUCAUGCUCUUAAUGUCUGUGUCUCUGCAUUGGAAUAUUUUGCUAAAGUAUUUGGUGAACCUUAUCCUCUUCCCAAAUUGGAUAUGGUGGCUGUUCCUGAUUUUGAAGCUGGUGCUAUGGAAAAUUGGGGUUUGGUUACUUAUCGUACUGUUUCAUUAUUGUUUGAUGAAAAGCAAUCAUCUAUUGUUUCCAAAAAGCGUACUGCCUAUGUUGUUUGUCAUGAAUUAGCUCAUCAAUGGUUUGGUAAUUUGGUUACAAUGAAAUGGUGGAAUGAACUUUGGUUGAAUGAAUCUUUUGCUACCUGGGUGGGUUGGCUUGCUGUGGAUAAUAUCUUUCCAGAUUGGGAUGUAUGGACUUCCUUUGUCAAUGAAGAUAUGCCAAGAGCUUUGAAUUUAGAUGCUUUACGAUCUUCUCAUCCUAUUGAUGUUGCUGUCAAUGAUCCUGCUGAAAUCCAUCAAAUUUUUGAUGCCAUUUCUUAUUACAAAGGUGCUAGUGUGAUACGAAUGUUAAGCUCUUGGUUAGGUGUGGAAACCUUUUUGGCUGGUGUUCGUCGUUAUGUUCGUAGACAUAAACUUGGCAAUGCAUCUACUGAUGAUCUUUGGAUGGCUCUCAGUGAAGAAGCGGGUGUAGAUGUUUCUCAAUUUAUGGACUUGUGGACAAAACGUGUUGGAUAUCCUGUUCUCAAUGUUACCAAAGAAACUGGAAACUCAAUCAAAGUAGUACAAUCUCGAUACCUUUCCACAGGUGAUCUUCAAGCUGAAGAGGAUGUCACUGUCUGGUGGGCACCCUUGGGUAUGCUUGUUCCUAAUCAAGUAGCUUCUUACACAUUGACUGAAAAAUCACAAUCUUUCCCUAUUCCUGAUGAUGGUUUAUUCAAAUUGAAUGCUGGUCAAACUUCUGUUUAUCGUGUAAACUAUCCUAUUGAAAGUAUUCGUGUUUUGGCAGAAGAAGUGAAGAAAGGAUCAUCUGGAUUAUUGACAAAUACUUCUGAUCGUGUUGGUUUGAUUGCUGAUGCUGGUAACUUGUGUGUUAGUGGUGAACAAAGUACAACCGCAUUCUUGGAACUUGCCCAAGCUUUCGUUAAUGAAGAUAAUUAUUUUGUUUGGUCUCAACUUAGUACUCAUCUUAGUAAUAUUCUUGGUGUUUGGUAUGAACAACCUGAACAUAUCAAAGAUGGUUUGAAAGCUUUACGAAAAAGUCUAUUUGCACCAGUAGCUCACCGUCUUGGAUGGGAAUUUGCGGAAACGGAUGAUUAUUUAACCAAUAUUUUACGUGUACUUGCCUUGACGAAUGCUGGACGAUCUAACGAUACUACCACUGUGACUGAAGCCAAAAAACGAUUUGAUAAGUUUGUUGCUGGUGAUAUGGAUGCUUUACAUCCUAAUCUUCGUGGACCGGUAUAUGGUAUUGUCCUAUCCAAUGCUGCUAAUGUGGAAGAAGAAAAUGCAGUUUGGGAAAAGAUUCUUCAAAUGUAUCACAAUGAAUGUUUGCCUACUGAUCAACGUUUGAUUGCUUUGAAUUCUUUGGGUGGUGCUAAGAGUGAAGCUCUUAUUUCAAGAUAUUUGCUUAUGAGUUUGGAUGAAAAAGAAGUCCGUGGUCAAGAUUCUAUUUAUGUAUUUGGAUCAUUGGCUGCCAAUCCUGAUGCUCGUUUACUCUUCUGGCAAUUCUUUACACAAAACUAUGAUCUCUUGUAUUCCAAAUUCUGUAAAACCAUAAGUCUAUUUGGUGCCGCUGUUCGAUCUGCUGUUGGUGGAUUCUCCUCUUUGGAAAAACUCGAAGAAAUUGAAGCAUUCUUUGCUGAUAAGGAUACUAAGGAAUAUGCUCGACCAUUACAACAAGCUUUGGAAGGUGCACGUGUGAAUGCCAAGUGGUUAUUACGGUCCAAAGAGAGCGUUGCUUUGUGGGUUCAAAACAAUGCCGAUCAAUUCAAAUAAGAAAAUUUUAUUUUAUCUCCCCAUAUCGAUACAAUUUCAUCACACAACAAUCAUCAUAGUAUCGUUUAUUCUUUUUUUUUUUUCAUUCAAUAUACAUAGUUUAUUAUAUCAUUAAAAUAAAAAAAAG